AGGGCGGACGCUGUGCUGCCGAGCGCUGGUCUGUGCCGAGCGACGGCUGCGGAGGCUGCAGGGGGGUGCCGUGGUUGGGCUGGGCGUCCUGUGUGAAUAGGGUGAGCGGGAUUACUGAGGGCGGCGAUGGAGCCUGUGGCUGGUGUGUGUCUGUGAGGGCGGCGGCGCCGCCUUCUGGACUGCGAGUGUUUGCAUGGCUGGUGACUUGAGGCUUGAGUCUGCCUUAGAGAGGAGAAAAAGAUGGAAAAUGAGUUUAUUCACAGUUUACACCCGGGCCGCAGGAUCCUCGGCCUGCCCAAGCCUACGCCGUGUCAGAAUUGAUAGAAGGAAUGGGGCAGUCUGCGCGAGGUCGUAGCUUUGGCCUCUAGGGAGCGGAACUGGGUGCAGGUGCUGGGGACCAAGGCUUCGGGUCAUUUCUCUAACCCCAUUACAUUUCCCAUAGGGAGGUGCUGAGAAAGAAAAAAAUUUAAACGUACUAAUUCCUAUGACCAGUCUGAAUAUUGGGACCCUUGAAGGGGCUUUACAGUUUCUGGAAUUGAAGAUGACCAAUGCAUUUAGAAAAAUCUUUGAGCCUUCAGUCCUGAAGGGGGAUGUGUCAAUCCCACCAGCACAGCCCAGCUGAGUUCUCCAUGUCCGCUCUACUCAGAGGCUCCACAUGCUCACCCAAAUCCUGAGGCAGUCCGAGACCCAGAGGAGACAGCACAGAGGACAUGUCUACUGUUGGGGGUUUCUGCCCGAAGCCCCAGAGACUGGAAGCAGAGGAGCAGUAUGGAUUGUGUGAGAGAUUGGUGUCCUUUGAGGAUGUGACUGUGGACUUUAGCCAGGAGGAGUGGCAACACCUGGACUCCGCCCAGAGACGCCUGUACCAGGAUGUGAUGCUGGAGAUCUACAGCCACCUCUUGGCAGUGGUUAACCAGUACAGAGUUCAUUGGAUACCCUCUAAGACCUACGAAGAUGCAACAAAUCCAGUAUCCUUGCAGUUCACAGGGUAUCCCAGGCCAGAGGCCAUCCUCAGGAUGAAGAACGUUGAUUUCCCACAUCAGAGGUGUCAGUGUCAAGAGGAGUUCUGGCAGGAUGGGGACCCUACGAGGACAGAUCAGCCAAACCAGAUCCCACUCUUGAGUUCUGCUGCUUUCUUCACCCAGAAACCACUGAUGAGUGAUGAGACUUACAAGUGUGAGGUGCCUGGGGGGUCCAUUCCUUUAGAUCUCCACCUCAUUUCUACACAAGAGAGAUUUCCAAAGUGUUGCUCAUUUGAAGAACCUUUGCAGCCUAACCCUAACCUUCAAGCACAUAGUGAACAUCAAAGCAGUGCCACCAAGCAGCCCAAUGGCAUUGUUGAAUCCUGUCAGUUCUUCACACCAAGCCCGUCUAAUGCUGUAUGUGCAGCUCCUAACAGAGAAGAGAAAGCAUGGAAAGGAAAGGUUCUCAGCCCUAAGCAACCACUUAGGAAGCAUGAAAUUCUUUCUCAGGACGAGUCAGUUGAAUAUACCAAAUGUGGGAAGGGCUUCCCUGCUAGGCCAGCUUUGUGCCCACAGCAAAUGACUCACAUUAGAGGGACACCUUUUAUUUGUCACAGAUGUGGGAAAUCCUUCCUUCCAAACUCUGAGUUGAGCUCUUGCCCAGGAACGAACCGAGGAGAGACACCUUCUGAAUGUCCUGAUUGUCUGAAACCACUCACAAGGACAUCUGACCUGCAGGUGCACGAGGAAGGCCACACAAAGAAGCCUUACAAAUGCCACGACUGUGGGAAAUCAUUCAGCUAUGCAUCCCAUCUAAAGGUGCACCUUCGAAUACACACAGGUGAGAGACCAUAUGUGUGUUCUGACUGUGGGAAAGCCUUCAGCCAAAAGUCGGUCCUUACCACACACCAGAGAAUUCACACCGGGGAGAAGCCUUACACGUGCAGCCACUGCGGGAAAUUGUUUGUUUAUGCAUCAGAUCUGAAGAAGCACAGCCGGUUUCACACAGGGGAGAAGCCUUACGAAUGCCCCGACUGUGGGAAGUUGUUCAGUAAUAAGUCCCACCUGCCUGUGCAUCAUCGAAUUCACACAGGUGAGAAGCCGUACAAAUGCUGUGACUGCGGGAAGUCCUUCAGAAGGAAAUCCCACCUUAAAGUCCAUAACCGGACACACACUGGCGAGAAACCGUACGUGUGCUCCGAGUGUGGGAAAGCAUUCAGCCACAGCUCAGUUCUCAGCACACACCAGAGAAUUCACACUGGGGAGAGGCCUUACACGUGCAGCGACUGUGGGAAAGCCAUGUCAUCGAAAGCCCAGCUGAACGAGCAUCAGAGGAUCCAUACGGGUGAGAAGCCGUACAUGUGCACUGACUGUGGGAAAGCUUUCAGCGGCAGGUCUUCCUUACAGGCGCAUCGGAGAACUCACAGGAGUGAAAAACCCUUUCUCUGUCACCAGUGUGGGAAAGGCUUCCUGCGCAGGUCACAGUUGUCAUCUCACCAACAAACUCACGCUGCUGAGAAUCCUUAGUACUGUGUGU